AUGUCGCUCUGCUACCGUCCCCCAGGGAAUGAGACGCUGCUGAGCUCGAAGACUUCGAGGGCCACAGGCGCUGCCUUCCUGCUGCUGGCGGCGCUUCUGGGGCUGCCGGGCAAUGGCUUCGUCGUGUGGAGCUUGGCGGGCUGGCGGCCGGCCGGGGGGCGACCGCUGGCGGCCACGCUCGUCCUGCAUCUGGCGCUGGCCGACGGCUUGGUGCUGCUGCUCACGCCGCUCUUCGUGGCCUUCCUGACCGGGAAGGCCUGGCCGCUGGGCCAGGCGGGCUGCAAGGCGGUGUACUACGUGUGCACACUCAGCAUGUACGCCAGCGUGCUGCUCACCAGCCUGCUCAGCCUGCAGCGCUGCCUCGCCGUCACCCGCCCCUUCCUGGCACCCCGGCUGCGCAGCCCCGCCCUGGCCCGCCGCCUGCUGCUGGCCGUCUGGAUGGCCGCUCUGGUGCUCGCCAGCCCGGUCGCUGUCUACCGCCACCUCUGGGCGGACCGUGUGUGCCAGCUGUGCCACCCAUCGCGCGCCCACGCCGCUGCCCACCUGAGCCUGGAGACCCUGACCGCCUUCGUGUUUCCCUUUGGGCUGGUGCUCGGCUGCUACGGCGUGACGCUGGCGCGGCUGCGGGGCGCCCGCUGGGGCGCCGGGCGGCACAGGACGCAGGUGGGCCGGCUGGUGGGCGCCAUCGUGCUGGCCUUCGGCUUGCUCUGGGCCCCCUACCACGCCGUCAACGUCCUGCAGGUGCUCGCCGCUCUGGCUCCGCCCGAAGGGGCCUUGGCGAGGCUCGGCGGGGCGGGCCAGGCGGCGCGAGCUGGAACUACGGCUUUGGCCUUCUUCAGCUCCAGCGUCAACCCAGUGCUCUACGUCUUCACCGCCCGCGAUUUGCUGCCCCGCGCGGGUCCCCGCUUCCUCAUGCGGCUCUUUGAGGGCUCUGGAGAGGCCCGAGGGGGCGGCCUCUCUAGAGAAGGGACCAUGGAGCUGCGAGCUACCACUCGGCUCAAAGUGGCGGGUCAGGGCCGCGGCAAUGGUGACCCCGGGGGCGGGGCGAAGGACAGUCAGGGAUGAGACCCUUGACAUCAAACCCUGCAACCGGGCAUGCUCUUCCCUAUCCCCUUCCAUCGCCCCCCAGAACUCAGGGAACCCCUCUGGAGGGUUUGGGGAUCCUUCUCUGACCAGUUUGGCUCUGGCUGGGCAGAAUUAUUAUAUAUCUGGGGCAGGCCCAAGUUCCUCCAGACUGAGGGAUUGUGAUGGUCUGGUCCGUGUUAAAGAAUAUCAUGUACUUGCAAGUUGGUAUGUGCCCAGGUGCCAAAGCUGUUUAUUUGUUGCCAAUAGCUAUUGUGAAAUACACUGGGCAGCCAAUACAUGAUGGCUGAAGGGUGCUCCCCCUAGUGGCUCACCACACCUGAGUUGUACUGAGGCCAUCUGUUUCCCUGCUGGGCCAGGCCAAGGCUGGGCAAUGCCAGCUUUCAGUGGCAUUUUGACCUGUCCUCUGCAGCCCAGGUGGCCUGGUUCCCCCAAGCUAACCCACAGAAACACUCUGGAAAUAACGAGGGAAAGAGGAAGGAAAGGUAUGGGUGCUUGGAUGAGGUGUGGUGAUAGGGUCCAUUCUCUAGGGACUGUAAAAGCCGAGUUGGGGGAACUGGCUCUGGAAGGAGAAAGCCAACUGUGGGGUUUGAAAGGAAAGUUUUCCUGUCUGCCUAGUGGUUGGUACUGGGUGGGGAGUGGGGAGGGACCCUGGGAGUCUGAGACAUAGCCUCUGAAUCCAACUCUCCUCCCAAAUGUCGCCUGACUCAAAAAGGAGCCCAGGAGCAGGCACUCACUUACCCAGGGGGCAUCUGGAGUUGGAGAUGAGGAGGAUGGGGGAUGGUGUGGAUAUCUGGAGGACAGGCAGGAUUUUUCAGGGAGAGGACAUCUCUCCUUCCUCCCCCUCUUCUCUCAGCCAAUUCUUGACUCCUCCCAAGACUGCUAACUGUUCUUCACUUCCUCCAAUACUGCUCAGCCCCCAUCUUUUGGAAUCUCUCUGUUUCUAAGUCUUGAGACUGUUCUGGAUCCUGACAUUCUUGUGUUUGGGGAUGUAGGAUGGGGUCCUUUUUCAGGGCAUGUCCAUGGGCACACACAUGUGGUCACUAGGGUGACCAAUUCAUCCCCAUUUGUGUCAGACUUUCCCUGUUUUAGCAAUGCAAGUUUCCUGUCCCAGCCCCCUCAGUCCCAGGCAAACUUAGACGGUUGGCCAUCACCCCAGGUUCUGGGGUGGAGCUCUGGACUUCGGGGGCAGAAAGUAUGCUUAGAAUGUCUAGUCUGAGGUGGAGGAGGAAAGGCCACUGAGAGGGAUGGUGGUGGGGAGCAGCCUGGGAGAGGAGGCAGAGACAACCCAGUUCCUAUUAGAAGGGGCCUCUGGUUGACCCUGGGGCUCUAAGCCCGUAGCUUUGAUUCCCAAACACUGACUCAGGAGCCACUUCCUAUCCUCACGCACCGGGGCAGAGGCUCCAUGACUUCUAUUACGUAGUCCCCAUCUCACACACCCUCUGCGGUCAGAAAGCCCUUCCUCAUCUCUGCCUUCAGUUCUUACUGCGGUUUCAGCCCUUUUUGUUUGUUUGGUUUUUGUUAUAUCCUUUGCCUGAGAGCUGCUGGGUCAACUCUGCUCUGCCUUUUUUCAAAGCAGGGAAAGUGGAGUUACUGCAAAGGGUAAGGGACCUCAAUGACCACGAUUACACUCUGUGUCUUUGCUGCGAAGUGGCAUUGUUGGAAGGGAAGCAAGAAGGCAAAUGGUCACAGUGAAGGAAAGACUUUUCAGUUCUUAGCUUCUAUAGGAAAGUUCAAGAAGAGGAGACUGCCCUCCUUCCAGGGAGAGGGGAGAGUGAGACUUCUGGAGGCUGUUUCCCUUUCCACAUUCCUGGUUUCCCUCUUGGAAGGGCAGGCAUAAGGUAUCACUGCCCCCUCUCCCUCACACCUGCUCCCUCUGCUCAGCCUCUGCUUUCUCUGUGUGUCUAAGGUGGGACUGAACUGUGGGAAGGUAGGAAAGAGGUGGUGAUGACCUCUGGACCCAAUGCCCAGAUUUUACAUCCAAAUUAACAUGGCAGGGUAGCCACAUGUGCAAGUGCAAGGCAAGUGGUUGGGGAAGGAGACGAAAUUGUCUUUUCUUUUUUUUCAGUGGAGGUACUAGGGAUUGAAACCAGGACCUUGUGCAUGCUGAGCACGCACUCUACCACUAAGCUAUACUCUGUCCCCCGAGAUUGUCAUUCUGUGUGAUAACAGAGAGACCCUUUGGGCUUUGGCAUCUGCCAAGUAGAAGGGAGAUGGACCUAGAAUGGAACCAGUCUUUUUUUUUU